AACCUUGACAUGGGAAGCAGUGUGGAGCCAAGUCACUGAUUGUAUCUGAUACAGUGGCUGUUUGGAGAGGUUUCUGAUCUACUGCUGCAGCAAGCCUGCUGGACUAAGUCACGUUACCUCGGGGUGGGGAGGAACAAAUAGAAGCUAAUGCUUGCACUGGGGGCACCCUCAUUCAGGCUGUGAUGUUAUUGAUGCACUGUUGACUCUGAACUCGAGGAGUGGUGGCACUGGGGCUGUUGGUGUGUGGCUACAGCAGACUCGCACACCACAGCCUGCCCAGUUGGCUGGAUUUAGCUCGUCAGAAGGAGAGGAGUAAUGGGAUUGUUUAUGAGAGGGCAAAACGAGCCAGUGAACCUGCGUGAGUGAUCUCUGACUAAAUGCAGCAGACAACAGAACCGACUGUGGAGGCAUUUUUCUUCCUCGCUGUUAUCAUUGAAUGAUAUUCGUGCCAGAUAAGAAAUUAAUGGAUUACAGUGCUGCUGACCGAAUGUGAGCAUCGGAACACCAAAAUGUCUAAUAAGACAUUUAACAUGACCACUGACCAAGUAAAAUGCACAGAUCCUUUGCCCCACAGUGACCUGAUGCUGUGUCUUGCAUCCCAGAGUCAUUAUAGCAACUUGUCACCUUUACCUGACUCUAACUGUAGCAUUUCCAACUUGAGUGGCAGAGAAGCCAGCAGCUCCCCUGACAUCAACAUGCUGGAGUGCCAACUCAGUAAUAAUUACCCAGUGGACAUUCCUCUGGAGGUUCCGUACAACACCAGUUUACCGCAGGGUGAUGUGCUCUGUGGUGUAAGCAUGAACCUGAACCAAACCUUUUUUGCCACACCUGUAAACGGAAAUGUGAACUUCUGGAAUGAAAACUUUAGUCAAAUUAGCAACUGUGUGACAGAAUCAGAGAAAUACCAGACUUUUAGUAAAAAGUCAGAGAACGGAAGCAACAGUGAAGUGACGUCUCCAGACUCUGCUGGGAGGGAAAUCGAACUGGGUUCAUGUGAGACCUCCCGUAGAGGAUCCACUGAGAAUGACUGCUGUUCCAUGAGCUCUGGGGAAAUGAUAUUAAGGAGCAACAGUUUUUGCCUGGAAGAUCAGUCACUCUUGUUGGUCUCUUCCCUAGAGGAAUCAGGCCAUCCGGCAUUGCCUACUGAAUUGAACCUGCCAUCAACCACUCUGCUGGAAAUCUGUGAAAACUCUCUAGAAAAAGUAAUUGAGGAGAACACAGGCCAUCCAUGUCUUGGCAUAACUUUCACUCAGGCAGAGCUCCCCGCAGAGCAAAAUGACAUGGAAUCCCUAGCUCUGCCAGGUGAGAAUGAAGGAGACCUUAUGUUGACCUUUGUCUGUGAAACAUCUCCUGGUGAAUAUGGAAAGGAGGCUAGGUUUGCAAGUGCUGAAGCACAGCUGCUUCAUUUCCCUGCAGCAGUUACACCAGAACAAGGCAAUACCUUUGUGUCCACUCUGUCAGCUAUGCAAGACACUGAUAAGGAUAUCCAUACUUCCACUCCACUACAACACAUUGGGAACAAGAUACUCAGCCUCCCCUCCUUGUCAGAGUCUCCCUGCGAUGGAAACGAUGGCAGCUCAGGACUCCACCCUGUGAAACGGCAGCAAAGCUCUGUGACUCCUAAACAACGUUUGGUUGCAGGAAUGCUGCCAUCAGCCAACAAAUACAAGAGAAUGGAAAUUAAGAAGUUUCCCAAGUCAGACUUCAGCGGCAUAAAGUCUAAAGUUGUGACAAGAAAUGUGCCUCAAGUAUCAGUGCCAGGCCAUGCUUCUCAGCACAAAACGCCACAAGUUAAUGUGAACACUAAACACACUGAAGCACAUAAAGGAGCAACUACCAGGAUUUCACCUGCUAAGGUGAGGACUAGCACAGCAGUUGUCCCUGCCACAACUAAAAUGGUCAGUGAUGCUCAGGGGAAUACAGGGGCUGCUGAUUUGGAUGCUACUGUGAUGCAGUCAUCUGGUCAACCUGCUGUGGAUGGACAAGGCAUAAGUACAGCAUCCCUAUCUUACCACCACCCUGCUGCAAAUAAACAUGCCUCAGCAGUCCAAUGCAGUAAUGCCAGCUCUGAAACAGAGCAGGUGGCCUCAAGCCAAGUGGCAGAUGCUGCAGCACAGCAAACUGGCAAGCAGAUGUUCUGCCUCUCAUCCCUGGAAAAAUCCCCUGAUGAAAGUGGCCAAACCGAUCCCAAACCAACUCCAAAGAAAGGCGUGUCAAGGAAAAUUGAGGUCAAGUCAGCCUCAGCAUUAGGUCAGGACAAACGUCCUGUCCUGAAGACCCGGCUUCGCUGCUCAUCUGAGAGUUCUUCAUCAUCAUCUAGGCCACCUAAGGAGAAAAGAACUACUCUAAAGUACUCAACAAGCUUUACCAUUCCGAAAACCGACACCCACCUGGGGCAGACCAACAAAGGGAGCCUGAACUGCUUUUCCCAGAAUAAACAGGCCAUACAGGCUGAAGCUGCAAAGGGACCUGCUGAAAACUCCCCAAGAGAGGUCAAGAAGAUCAGCCUUUUGGGAGAGUCCAGCAAAUCAACCAUAGCAGGAGGCCCAUGGGAUGAGAGCAAGAGCAGAUUUCGAGGAAGGCCUUCUCCGAGACAAACAAGAGGUGCAACACCUUCACAGCCUCCAGCUACCAGUCCCAGAUCAGCCACUCUGUCAACCAGGCAGAGGCAAGGUACCCUGGGGAAGGAUGAAUGUUGGACCUCCAAACCUGUCGGGACACCACAAACCAAGCAGAGGAGCAACACUGGCAGUCAGAGAGCACCGGCAGCAGGAGAGGCAUCCCUUGGCUUUGUCUUAACAGCAAAUAUUAAGCCCCAUCUGAGUGGAUCCCGACCUUCUCAGACUCCCGCUCGCCCCUCUCUUACGGGCCGUCCCCCUACUCCUGUUUCCAGACUACCACGAAAGACCCUGGGGCCAUCCAGGAGCCAUACUGAGGCCAGUGUUCACACUGAGCUGAGUGAAGGGGCUGGAAGUACACAAGUUUGUGGAGGAGCUGAACUUAAACCGACCCCAUUCAAGAUUUUGCUGAAAACUAGACUCACCACAACCCCUGCGAAAACCACUGGACCAUCUUUGACCACAGCAUGCCGACCUGCUGCUUCCUCCAGUAAAGAAGCUUCAAAUUCUACAGUCAAUCCGCUGAAGAGGACAGCUUCUGCAAGAGUUGUUCGUCUCACAUCAAGUGGAACUGUGGACAGGAACAAACCCAAGGCCAGCUCCCGUCAGCAGCCUCCUUAUCAGCAAGCUUCCCAGCCGAGCCAGAGUAACGGACCUCCGGAUGUGGUACCAGCGAGUAUCGUUGAUGGGGGUAGGAAGGAACAGAGCAGCCAACAUCUCAGAGGACUUCUGGCAGCUAGUAACUGCAGAUUUGAGGCAGUUGUCAUAGUCUUGCAACAAACCUUGGCUCAGCGUGAUGAAGCCAGAAGGCAGUGCAGGGAUCUGUCCCAGGAGCUGGUCAACCUUCAAGGAGAGCUGGUUUGCUCCGCCCAUUCAUCUGAGCGUCUGGAGAAGGAGAGGGAUGAGCUGCGAGUUGCUCUGGAAGAUGCACUGCACACACUUAAGGAGCAGCACCAGAAAGACCAGGAUGAGCUGGAGGAGAGACUGCAGACCUUCUACCAAGCUGAGUGGGACAAGGUCCACCUCACCUACCAGGAGGAGGCUGACAAGUGCAAGAUGCUCAUGCAAGAGCAGAUGAAAGAACUCAAAGCCAAUCAUGAAGCCAUGAAGCUGGAGCUAGAGCAGAGCCACACAGAACAGCUGCAGUGUGUUAAACGGCAGUAUGAAAUGUCACUGGAAGAGCUCAGCAAAGUUCACAAUCAGGAGCUGCAGAUUUUGGAGAAAACUUUGAAAGACGCAGAAGCCGCUCUGUCUGGACAGAUUGAAGCGCUGACUGAGGAGAACAAUGCUCUUAUUGAGAAGCUAACUGCAGAGGAGAACAGGAGGAAGGACUUGGCUGAAAAGUGUCAGAAGGACUCCCACACCCUGUAUCUGGAGCAGGAGCUGGAGAGCAUCAAAGUGGUGCUGGAUAUCAAAAACAAACAGCUCCACCAGCAGGAAAAGCAGCUGAUGGAGGUUGACAAACUGAAAGAGAAAAAUGUGAAGUUGGAUGAGAGCCUUAAGAAGGUCCAGCAGGAGAAUGAGGACCUGAAAGCCCGCAUGGAUAGACAUGCUGCACUGUCGAGACAGCUGUCGACAGAGCAGGCCGUACUGCAGGAGUCCCUGCAGAAAGAGUCCAAGGUCAACAAGCGCUUGUCAAUGGAAAAUGAGGAGCUGCUGUGGAAGCUCCAUAACGGAGACCUGAGCGGCUCCCGCAGGGUGUCCCCCACUUCCACCUCCCCCUCCCAUUCCAUCAGCUUCCAGUCACCUCGCAGUUCUGGCAUGUUCUCCAGCCCUCCUCUGUCACCCAGAUAACGAUGGGCCUCUGCUUCCAGGAAGCAGCCCCUCUCCUCUGAGUUAUCCCCUGGAAUUAAGAGCCAUGUUUGUUUCCUCUUAGAUUAGCAACAUGUCAGCCUGACCAUGGCUCCUUUGGGACUGGAUGAACUCUGACAACUUUCUGGACAGAGAUGCUAUAGACUGUAAAAAAAAAAUUUAAAAAAAAAAAGUUUAAAAAGUUGCACCAGAGCACUUAAUAAGCAAGUUCACCUUGUUCUUUGCCUUUCAUGACUGAUCUAUGGAUGGGAAAAGGAAAUCUCAGGACAUCUAUGUGAUGAAACACUAUUUUUGUUACUUGUUCUUGUUGGCAGAUGCUCGUCUUCCCUGAAGCUCAGUGCACGCACACACACUCAGUACAUGCAGUAAAAAAAUUACACAUAAAUGCAGAUGCAGCCCUAUAGAGGGUUUCUGUGCCUCUGGAGACUGCAGCCAUGUAAGGUCUGAACUGAGAACAUCUAUUACUACAGAUGAUACAGUCCCUCCUCAGAGCGCAGUUUGAAAUAUAUUUAAUAUGGAAUAAUUUCAGCACCAUUUCUCAUAGAUAACGAAGUGGCAGUCAAACCAUCACAUUACUAACAUUUGUCUGCUCUACAGCACAUCAGAGCUGAGCAAGUCUCCGUCUAUGUUCACAUUUGUUUGAAGACACAUUUUUUAAACGGUUGGGUUUUUUUUUUUUGCUUGGUUUUUUUUGCUUUUUUUUUUUUUUUUAAGGUCUAGAAUGGCAGUUAAAGUAUCAUCUGGCCUCCAACAUAUUUGUUUUGGUUUUUUUUUGCUUAUUUGACCAUGGGACCAAUCCAAGUCUUUGUGCAUGUGUUUGAGUCUCGUAAUCAGCCCUUACUGAACCCUCCCAACACAGCUUUAAAGUCGGGGUCUUUGAAAGGAGUUGACCAGAAGAAGCUUUAAAGUACUUGUCAGAGGCACUGCCUCCUGGAAAUGUAUGAAAAAGAGUAUUUUGUGUGGAAAAGGUAUUAUCGUUGUGUUGACCCUGUCAAUUAAUAAAGUCUUGUAUUAAACCUGCA